AUGGGUUCCAAAAACUGGCGCAAGGUAGAAAAUGAAGAUGGAUAUCCGUGCUACAUUGAGGAAAUCAGUGGUGAAAAGGAGUUCAAUCAUCCAACGUUUAACAAAAUCGUUUGUUUACUUGAUGAAUAUGAAGAUAUAAAGUAUAGUGCGUAUAAAGUAGCAUUUAAAAUAUUUACUCUGCAAAGACAACUAAAAGUACCGCCACUUCGUAUUAGUUCUGGUGUGUUUGCCAGACAUCAACUAAGUCUUUCAGAGAGUAGUUUAUCACUAGACACAGCAGAAUUGGAGGCAGUUCUUGCUGAUAUUUAUUUUGCAGCAGAGAAGGAAGGAUUGUUUGUUGGUGAUGUUGACUUGACUGUAGAUCUUGUUAUUAAUCUACUGCUAAAUGUUUAUGAUGAGAAAAGAAAUACUCCAAUAAGAGUUCUCGCAGCUAAAACAAUAUUAAUUUUAUUGAGUGAAGAGUCGGUUAAGGACAAAUGGCUGGCUUUAGCUAACUGUUGUGCGGACCACAAUGGUUGUGUAUCUCCAAAAAGGUUAUCUGCCUUAUUACAUCAUGUUGUUGCUUUGACUAAGUAUUUUGGUGGUAAAUGUGAUCAAGUUCAGACUGAUAUCGAUGCUUGUUUUAGUAAGAGUGCUGGAAUGCUAGGAAUAAGCUGCCGUUUAGUAGCAGAAUGGGGAGCCACCAGUUGUGCUAGUACUCGUUGGCUAAUAGUUGUACAACAAGUGGUGUUGAGCCGGAAUUGUGCUACAGCUAAUGCUACAUGUGUUGUUUGUGUUCAACCACUUAUACAGGUUCUGAAAUUUAAAUGCUCAAAGUGCACAGAUUUAUAUUUCUGCGAGAAGUGCUAUUUGUAUGACAAAGAUUUAAAUAAUAUAACAGGUCAUAAGAAGACACAUAUAGUGUAUGAAGUAAAUGAUGGAGAAAUUAAACCCACAGAAUGCCUUAGUUUUAUAAAGGGCAUAAAACGUUUCUUCUUCUGUACAAAGACUGGUAAGAAGAAGGCAAAAGGUACAAAAAAGACUGAAAAAGUAAGACAAGCCUCAGUUCGGAGGAAGAGCAAACCGGCCAUAUUUACAUCAACGGUUGGUAAAGCUUCGGGCAAUACUGCAAAUAAUCCAGCAAAUACAUUGCAAGACAUAAUUUCACAAUUGGAAAAUCAGACUAGAGCCCUCAAAGAGAUCUCCUGUCAAUUAAAAGAAGUUGCCAAGGAAUGUGAUGACGAAUUUAAAUCAAAAGUGGACACGCAUUAUAAUCAAAUAUCAGCACAGAUUAGUAGGCUUAAAGAGUUAAAGGACAACCUAACUUUGGAACAGAAUACUGACAAAUUGGACCGACCGCAAGCAUUUGACCUCUUCAGCCCUAUACCAAUUGAUGAAAAGCAGGCCAAGUUAACCAACCUUAACCAGCCCCGAGUUUUAAGUAUGGAUUCUGGAAACUUCUCAGUGGCUUCGAAGCAUGAUCAAGUUACAAUGUCCAGAGAUGCAUUGAAACCUGUGGUCCAAGUCACAUCGGACAGUAUAUCAGCGGUUUCUAUGAAUGACAUGAGUAAUUGGUAUAAUGACACAGUUGUAUCAAAGCGCCCAAUGAAAGGUCUCAACCAAACGUGUCAAAACUUAUCAAUAAAUGAACAGCGGUUUUCGGCGGACAUGCGUUCAGUCGAACAGAGCAAUGACAAGAUGAAAGAGUUGAACGCUGACCUUGACACAGUGUUGGAUAGAUUACAACAGAUUUUGACUCAUAAUUUUACUGUAGAUGAAUCUUGCUUUGACAAUAGUCAGUUAAGGGAGACGGCGACAGAAAUGGAAGGAUUACUCGGAACUUUGAUUCGAGGAGUUGAACAAAGAGCAACCUUUAAUUCCAAAGGGAUGGUGUAA